AUGACCUUCGAUUCCCGUGUCCGCGGCCUCUGUGCUCUCGCGGUGCUCUGCACUGCUGUGUCGAUGGUGCCCACAGCUGAUGCGUGGCUGGCGCCGAUCGUCACGAAAGGCAACAAGUUGUUCGAUUCCAAGACGGGUGUGGAAUUCCGGAUGAAAGGCAUGGCCUACUACCCUCGUCCGAACGAUGGCCGCAUGGCCACUGUGGGCAACUACGACUGGGCAGCCGAUAAGCACGAGGACGUGUGGCAGCCGCACUUGGAAGUGCUCAAAGACCUCGGCGUCAACACGAUUCGGCUCUACCCGAUCGACCCGGGCACCUCGCACGACAAGUUCAUGUGUGCGUGCUCAGAAGCAGGCAUUUACGUGCUGGUUGGCAUCACUGCACCGUGUGAAAACUGCUCCGUGCUGGACUACCUGCCGCCCAAGUGCUAUCCGGAAGACCUGUUCACGCGUGCGCAGAUGGUGUACAACGCGUUUGCAAUGUAUGACAACACUUUGGGCUUCAGUCUCGGCAACGAGAACAACCUGCAGACGGAGAAUGGCGCCGAUGGUACGGCCACGGCGCCCUGUGUCAAGGCUUUCUUGCGGGACACUCGCAGUUACGCUGCGAGUUGCUCGGGCUCGGUGCGCAGGUGCCCAUUGGCCUCGACAUUGCCGACAUUCCGACACCUUGGGCAUUAG